UCAUUGUAUGAAGCUCCAUCGGAAGUUUAACUGAGGGUCGAUCAGUGCAUCACAAUUCUAAAAAAAUGAUGAAGCCAUCGACAUCUUCUUCCUCAACGUUGACGGAACAGGGUUCCGAGACGAAUGAUGAACCCAAGUACAAGGGGGUAAGGAAGCGAAAAUGGGGAAAAUGGGUGUCCGAAAUCCGGCUGCCCAACAGCCGGGAAAGGAUAUGGUUAGGCUCCUACGAUUCGGCCGAGAAAGCGGCGCGUGCUUUCGAUGCGGCACUCUUUUGCUUACGUGGCCGCAACGCGAGCUUCAAUUUCCCCAACAAUCCGCCUGAAAUACCUGGGGGGCGAUCGAUGAAUCCGCAGGAGAUCCAAGAGGCAGCGGCGAGGUUUGCCAACGAGGAGACGCCAGCGAGCGGGUCGAAUUCGAGCAAUGCGGUGGUGGAGCAGGGCGUCUCAACAUCAUCCUCCGUAUCUGACGGGGCAAUGCAAGUGGACAAGGAAAUGACGGAUUGGUCUUUUCUGAACGAUUUGGAUUGUAACCAAGGUGUGUGUGAUUACGACCUCUACCCUGGGCUCGACCACAUCUCCGACCAACUCUAUCCACCACCGCCGCCACCAUCUGAACCUCUAGAUCAUAAUUAUUUAGAACAUGAUCAAAGUGAGGAAGAGACUCCUUUUUCAUUACACUCAUCUUUCCUUUGGAACUUCUAGAAAAUGUCCGAUCUUUAUUCUACACUUACUCAACAACAUUUAAUUAGAGAACCAGGAGUUCAGCAAAUUUUAGCUGCUGGGCAACAGAUUUUAUUAUUUAUUUUCUUACCGUUUAAAAUUUAUAAAAAGAGGGGUUUGAAAAAAAAAAAAAAUUAUAUAUAUAUAUAAAAGGGGAGUGAUUCAAAUGUAUAUUUGUAUUGACGAAGUGUAUUGUGUAGGGUUUUACUGUACCGUCUCUAGUACUUGCGUAUAUACGUAGAAAAGUCAUUUUUCUUGUUGGGGGAGGGGGAAGGGUGCGAGUACCAUAUAGAGUCAAACUGUCCCCACAAUUGCAUUGAAAUUAAAAUAAAAAAGGUUAUUACUU